GACGUCACGGUUGCUGAUGUUAUCUUAAAUAGAUUGUUCAGUGUUGUGUUUGUUAUAUAAUUAAUUUUAAUCGUAACACAUGUGCAACUAAUUGCUUUACUUUUAUACGGAAUCCAUUAUGAAGAGCUGGCUGGAGACCGCCAGCAGCAUGGAAGACGGCUCGUUAUCUUGUAUGCUCGCCGAACCUAGAGAAGCUUUGCUGCCAAUCACUGACAGAGAAAACUUGGCACCUAGAAAAAGAGACCGAACACUGGAACCAUGCGCUAUAUCUGAAGAAGCAUACCUAUCCAGCGGUCCAGGAUCCCCUUGUGCUGGUCUCUCCAGAGAGGAACGAAGACGCCGGCGCCGAGCCACGCUCAAGUACCGCACAGCUCACGCCACUAGGGAAAGGAUCCGAGUUGAAGCCUUCAACGCAGCCUUCGCAUCGUUAAGAAGACUGCUACCAACCCUCCCUCCCGAUAAGAAGCUAUCCAAAAUUGAAAUACUCCGGUUAGCUAUAUGCUAUAUUGCCUAUCUUAAUCAUGUUUUAGAUGCAUAAAUAUCUUCCUUAGGAAUCUCGCGCACUAAAUAGUCCAAGUCCAAGACUAUCAGUGGCCGCAUAAGACCAGAAUGUUCUGUGUAACUAUUCAAUCUAUUGCGCGCAUCAUCGUUUAAUCCAGUUGGACGCGU